UCAAAAAUAGCAAUACCAUAAAAAUUAGUCUAGAAAAGAGCGAAAAGAGACGUGAAGUGUUUCAGUACUGUCGAUUUUUUCAGGGUUUUGUGAUUGUAAAAACUGUUUUAUUUUGCGAGUUUUAGAAAGUUUGCAUUGUAUGGAUUGUCGUGUAUAACGAAAUUUCAUUGUACGCGAAAUGAUUAUUGAAAAUCCAGACGCUUUCAAAUCAUGGUUGACGUCCAUAUUGGAACCCCUUUGCGAUGCGGAUCCUGCGGCAUUGGCAAAGUAUGUGUAUGCAUUGGUGAAGAAGGAUAAGCCAUUGGAUGAGCUUCGGGAAGGCAUGCUGGACCAAUUAGAUGUUUUCUUGCAACAGGAGACCAAGCCGUUUGUAGACAUGUUGUUCAAGUCACUGGACAGCUUGGAAUACUUGAAAGGCAAUCCUGAGAAGCCAGCAGAAGCCAGUCCCGUACAUAAUGCUAAAGAGAAUGAUAAACAGUUAGAUGUUGAAGAGCAACCGGCUUGUGCUACUAGUGCUUCUGCGCCGGGGGCGAAGUCCCCAGCGGGCGCGAGCGCCGUGGCUGCGGCGCCCGCGCUGGCCGCGGAGGCACCGCGUCAUCGCCUUGUGCUGCCGCGGACACGCGGACCACAUCAGGAGCAGACACUUGUUAAGGUUAUGCCUUUGACGGAGUUACUUGAGGAACCAUUGGAUCAACCGCCGCGCAGACGAGAUCGCAGAAGUGACUCUCUCCGUGACAAGGAAGAGCGCCGUCGACGUCGUUCCCGGUCGUGGGAUAGACGUGCGCGGCCGCGGCGACACGCACGCGAGCCGGAGCACGCCGCACACGCGCCGCACGCUGCACACGCCGCACAUCCCGCGCACGCCGCACACGCCAAUGACGCACGGAGGUACGAGAAGAGACGUCCCCUGUCCCGGUCGCCGUCACCCCGCGGCCGAUACAGGAACAGGAGUCCCCCGCCACCUGUCAUUGAGAGACAAGCUAGCAGGUCUAGAUCGCGGUCACCAGUACCUCUGCGGGAUAGAGAUUACGACCGGGAAAGAGAGAGGCUGCGUAUCCCGCGCGAGAUGGAAAGGGACAGAAUGUCAAGGGACCGCGAACAUAGAGAUAGAGUGUCCAGAUCUAGGGAUAGAGAUCGGUCACGCGAUAGGUCCCGUGACAGGUCUCGCGGUUCCACUUCACCCCGGUUAGAGGUUCCUGACGCCUACAAGAGACGUUGCAGGGAUUAUGACGAAAAAGGUUACUGUAUGCGCGGAGACUUCUGCGAGUGGGACCACGGCACCGACCCUCUGGUGCUGGAGGACGCUACGCUCUCCAGGGUGUUGCCUAUACAGCCGCCAGUGCCCGAGUACAACCCGCUGACGCCGGACAUCUGGUGCGGGGCAGGUUUCCCUCCGUUUGGUGCGCAUCCGCAUCCGUUGCCGCACCACGCCCUGCCCCCGCCGCCGCACGCCCCGCACGCACCACACGCCCCACACGCCCCGCACCCGCCCAGGGAACUCGUGCCCAUACCCAGAGUACGUCAUGAGAACCGUGCGGAGGCGAGGGCGGAGCCCCGCAACGACGCGAGAGCGGAGGCGCCGCCCGCACCACGACACGAGCGACCGCCGCCCAAGAAGAACUUUGACUAUCAUCGUUUGGGCAACCGAGCGCCCCUACCGGCCAAUUCGGGCAACUGCUCGCUGGAGGUGAAGAAAGUGCCGCGUGGACUUAACGACAUCACACAUCUCAACAACCACUUCAGCAAGUUUGGCAAGAUUGUUAACAUACAAGUGAGUUUCGAGGGCGACCCCGAGGCGGCGCUGAUAACGUUCUCCAACCCGACGGAGGCCAACGUGGCCUACAAGAGCACGGAGGCGGUACUCAACAACAGAUUCAUCAAAGUCUUCUGGCACAACCCAGAGAACAAGCAGGAGAACAUGGCGCCUGGUGGACAGCAGGCCAACAAGCAGACAGACAGACAGAACUCACACCAUCCAAUGUCUCACAACAAGGUGCUCAUCAACAGGGACAACAUUAAGGCAACGGCUGACAAUAAACAGUCCAUACAAGCUGAAAAGGCUAAAGAGAUAACAAACGGUCAGGAGCCUAAGAAGGAGGCGGUGAAGCCGAUUGAGAAGAACAAGCAGCUUCUAGACGUCCAGAAGCGCUGUCAGGCGCUGCUGCAGACACAGCUGCAGCAGCAGAGGUUACUCAUACAGCGCUUGGAGUCUGGCAACGUGAGCGCUGCGCAGAAGCCGGUGCUGCUGGAGGCCAUCAACUCUGCGCAGGAAGCAAUUGAGAAGCUGCGCAAUGAGCUCAACUACACCAUGAAGCAACUACAGGAAGAGAGCGUGGCGCGUUCGAUGUCGCGGCUGCAGCUCGCACAGGUGAAGAAGCCGAAGACGCGGGAGGAGGCGCAGAAGGAGAUCCUGGAUGCUGAACUCGAUAUGUUCACCAAACAACAGGAGGGUCAAGACGUAACUGAGUUGUUGAAGAAGAUAGCUGAGCUGCGGAGACAGAUGGCGCUGCAGUUCCCCACACAUCCCGUCAUCAGGAGAGGACAUUCCAGCUAUCGUAUCGUGAAAAGAAAACUACGAGGCGGGCGGUUCACCAGCAGCCGGUUUGUACGCGGGGGGCUGGCGGGUGCGGCGGGCGGGGCGGCGGGCGCGGCCCCCGGCAAGACCUUCAGCGUCAACCAGAGCAUCGACCACCGCCCGCGUGCCCUCCUCGUCUCCGGCUUCGAGCCUGACGAGCUGGACACACUGCUGGCACACUUCGCGCAAUUCGGCGAGGUGACGGGCAAGGAGGUGAACCUGGCGGUGCCGGAGCUGGUGCUGCAGUACCGCGCCCGCGCCAUGGCCGAGCUCGCCAUGCAGCGCGCACGACACUACAACGACCGCACGCUAUCCAUAACGUGGGUAACGAACAACAAGCCGAUCGGCGCGAGUCAGCCGACACCGCAGGUACAGAAUGGAGACACGGCAACGGACGAGCCCAAGGAGAAUGAGAAGCAGAGUGAAGAGGCGCUGCUGCGCUUCGAUGAGGAGGAAGAGGAGGACGCCGAGGAGGACCGCUCCUGGAGACGUUGACGCCGCGCCGGCCGCUAGCGGCGGCUCCCGCGUCACGUCGUCUCGCGCCGCGUCACGCUGCGGGCACGUUGCGUCACGCUGCGGGCACGUUGCGUCACGCUGCGGGCACGUCGCGUCACGCUGCGGGCACGUCGCGUCACGCUGCGGGCACGUCGCGUCACGCUGCGGGCACGUCGCGUCACGCUGUGUCACGCGUGACACUUGUAUAUAGACGUAGAUUUGUACUCGUACACCAGCGUAGCGUUCGAUAGCAAUACAACUGUUACAUUAUUAUUUAACAUAUCUAUAUUUAACAGCGUCGCAGUGCGAGUUUCCAUUGACAAACAACAAAACAUGUUGUCAUCUCAACUAAGAUCGCAACAUGUUUUUAUGUGAAUGUUUUGUCAGUGCAAACUCGAGAAAAACUAUGAAUAGUUUUAAUUGUAAAGUUCUGUCAUAUAACACC